GAAGUCAUUUUUGUGCUCAUUGAACGGAAAACAAGCAUGCCACCCAAAACUCCAGGUGCAAGCAAGGGCUCCAAAAAGGCCAUAUCCAAGUCAAGUAAACCACCAGGAGAUAAGAAGAGAAAAAGACGAAGAAAGGAAAGCUAUGGUAUCUACAUAUACAAAGUUUUAAGGCAAGUUCACCCCGACACGGGAAUCUCAAGUAAAGCCAUGUCAAUUAUGAACAGUUUCGUUAACGACGUGUUCGAAAGGAUUGCUUCCGAGGCCUCCCGAUUGGCAAGUUACAACAAGCGUUCUACUAUCAGCAGUAGAGAAAUCCAGACCGCUGUACGCCUGUUACUUCCAGGAGAAUUGGCCAAGCACGCCGUCAGCGAGGGAACCAAAGCUGUGACAAAGUAUACCAGUGCAACAAAGUGAGCAAAUUCGUACAGUGAGAUUCUGCAGUCAGUGUUAUUGACUCUCAGGUCUAGAAAAAAGCAUUAGAAUGUAAAUAGUACUAACUUACAAAGAAAUUAAUAUGUACCCAUUCGAGUAAUAUGACUCUUGUUUGGUUUAUAUAUCGUUGACUUGUAUUAAGUUUUGGUGCAAAAACUGUAAUUAUUAAUUAAACCAUCUAUUAUUCGUUUGA